CAUUGUUGCUACACCAUAAUUCAUUCAGUUUUCUGAAAGAACAAUUGCAAAUUAAUUCAUUUCUCUUGAACAGUUCCAAAGAAAACAAUAUUUUUCUUAAAGUUUGAUGGAUUUAAUUUAUAUUGGGAGAUAAAAAAUAGAAGAAAGAAGUUUGAUGCCGUUUAUAAAAAAAAACAACAACGGAAUUUUAAUUUUAAAAUUUAAAAAUCAGUUGAAUCAUUCUAGAAAACUUGAUCAAUGCUAAAAGUACACCCCCAAAUAGGCAGGUCAAAGUAUCCACAGGCUUACUCUCUUCAUCAACAUCAGCCAAGGAUGCCAGCUCUAACCCGUGACCACUUAGCCUUAAGGCUACGUCAGAAUUGGAUGGCAAAAUACCCAAUGGACACAUGUAGCAAUGGAGGCACACACCUUGAUGACAGUCUGACAAGCUUAAACUGGCUCCAGAAUCUGAACAUUCUAAAGAUCACCACUCCAACACCACCAUCUAGUCCAGGGCCACCAACCUUUGGAGAUUACAAAAACAUUAAAGUGAAUCCUAAUUCAAUAUUAAAUGUUGCAUGUGGACCUCCACCAACAAAAAUGUUUGAAAUGAGAUUUCCGCCAGUAGACACUCCACCUCUCACACCAACAACCCUUGGUGGGGAUUCCAUAGACUAUAAAACUAACCCAUAUGUGAAACCACCAUACUCAUAUGCAACAUUAAUAUGCAUGGCUAUGAAAGAGACUAAGAAAAGUAAAAUAACUUUGUCAUCAAUUUACAACUGGAUAACAGAUAACUUCAUGUAUUACAGAUUAGCAGAUCCAAGUUGGCAGAACUCCAUAAGACAUAAUUUGUCACUAAACAAAUGUUUCCAGAAAGUCCCUCGCAGAAAAGACGAGCCUGGAAAAGGAGGAUUCUGGAGAAUUAAUCCCGAAUACAGUGACCUUAUUGAAAAUGGUGUGUUCAAGAAACGUAGAAACUCUCGUGAUGGGCAGUCAGGCUCAAACACAAACUCUCCUACCACAACUCUUCCAAUUAACUUAAAGAGAAUUAAAAGUGAACCAGUGGAUGAUGGUUACGAAGACAUGGGUUCAAGCCCGCCAGCAAAAAUGCGCAGAUUAGAUUAUGGAAAUAGUGUUUUACAUUUUGGUGCUACUGAGGAUGAAGGUCAUUUGAAAGGGGAUUUCAACUGGACCUCAAUUCUGAAUCAAGAUAUUGAAAUCGGUGGUGUAAAAAUUAAAACUGAAGAUUUAAUAGACACAAAUGAUGACUCCGCUAGUCCAAUCAUGGCAAUGAGCCCGCCUUCAUCAGACUCAAACUCUGUUAGUGACUUUGGUUUAGAUGACCUUUUAGGUGAAAAUGAUUUUUCACCAUCACAAUCACCAUUAGACUUUACCACCCAUGAUUCUCUCAGUUUAGAAGUGAUAGGCACCGGAAUUAAAGCACCCAACUGGUGGGCAGACAGUUUUAAUGCCGGAGAGCACAGAAAUCUCCUACAAAACAUUGAAAAUAUCGAAACGAGAAGCGGACUUAAUACUCCAGUUGCACCUUCACCUGUGCACGAAAAUGAAGAAAACGAUCAUCCGUGGUUUGACAGAUCGGCUCUUAAUCUCGAUACACCUUUUGAUGUUGACAAUUUAUUUGACAUUGAAAACAUUCCUAGUCCCCAUAUAUGAUUGGUGGGGCAUAAAACAAAUGCAAUAUCGUAUUUAAAUAAGAAACCAUUAGUUGCCUUAGAAAUAAGCUAAAAUAUUGUCAAAUAUUCUCACAUGAACUUUAGAUUAUUUUUUGAGAUGUGAGUGUAGAAUGCUGCCAAAAACUACCAUUUUUUUUAGCCAUUUAGCCAUAUAUACUCUAUAAAUCAUUACUCUGAACUGCCAGUACCUUUAAUUCAUUUCUCAGUUUAAAGGCAUAUUUUAGAUGAAAUUAGAACAUUAAUUAACAGUAUGAUAGGGUAAAAUAAUGGAAAACACCAGUAUAUUUAUUUGAUUUUUGCAUCAACAGUCAUAUACUUGAUGUUUUCAUGAUUUUUUUAAAAAAGUUGUUACUCUUGUUAGUGUUUUCUGCUAUUAUUACGAUUGUUUCUUUUCCUGAUAGCUCAAUCAUGUUUGAUCAAACUUGUUUCAUUUUACAUCACAAGCAUUCAGUUGAGUUCAUUAGAGAUCAUGUUUAUGAGAUCAUUUCUUAACACUUUACCUGCUGAAUUUUAAUAAUAGACUUGCCCAGAUUUGAAUUUGGAACAGUCCAUUUAAAGGGAUUUCAAAUUGACCUACCAGCAGUAUAGAGCCUGGUUGAACUACACAAACGUGCAGCCUCACCUGGUGCUAAACUGGUGGCAAAUGGUUCAAGCAGGUUUUUGGUUAACAAAUUUGUUUAUUGUAUAAUUUUGUUGUAGAUAGAAAUGGUAUGAAAAUACCAAAAAAUGUGAUAACAAUAAAAGUGCUGUGUAAGUACUACCAUUGAGAGAGAGGUUCCAUUUUGAAACUUAACAGAUUUUUGCAUAAUGAAUUUUACCUAUGUUUUUGGAAUUGUAAUUGACAGGUAUGUUAAGAAAGAAAUGUGGUCUGUUUAUUUUACAUAAACAUGUAUAUUUAUAUCUGCAACUGCUCAUAACUUUUUCAAUGAGUUCUUUCAAGAAAUAAUGCCAACAGUAGAUCAAUUUUUACAACAUAUUCCAAUAAUUUUUUUUUUUAACAAUUAAAAACAUGAAAAGCUUUAUUUAAACAAUUAUUAUGAAACACAACUGUCACUUUCAUUUUUGAGUUUAUGCUAAAUGAAAGUUUCAUUCUGGUGUCUCUCCAGGGCAUUGUGCAAAUUUAUAUAUAUAAAAAGGGUGUCAUGUACAUUGACACGAUCCUUAUCAAUUUCCGUCCUAAUGUAUUCCGUCCAGUGAUACAUAUAUUACUAUUUAUGCAUGUACAUACUGUAAAUAGUGUUAUUAAUUACAGAAUUUUAUUUUGUAUAUAUAUAUAGAUAUUUAUAUAUACACACAUUGUAUAUAAAUCAUGUAAAUAUUAACAUUUUGUAUUUAUUUAUUUAAAAAAGAAUAGGGAGAAAAUAUAUUAAUAUAUGCAUAUGUUCAUGAAAUUCAUUGUUUGACAAAUUUUGUUUUAUCAUUUUUUUAAUCGUUGUUCAAGUAUUUCUUUUCAUUUUUUUUUCAAACAUCAGUCCUUGUAAUCAUGGUUGAAUAAGAUUGAUAAUUGUUUGAGAAAGAAACAGGGUGCAUAUUUUCUAAAGGAAUUACAACACAGUGUAAUAUACCAGUAUUAUAAGUUUGAGAUCUAAGUAUUAAAUCGUUUUGGUAUUUUCUGAAAGUUUACAAUACUUUAAACAGUUUAUGGAUCAAUAAGUAAGUAUAUGUGAUAAAUACAUUGUAAACCAAUAUCUGAUCAAAUCUACCUCAAUACACUAUUUUUAUACUUAUAAAACUACAUGUAGUAAGAAAGGAGACAAACACCUAAAAAAUAACAGGAAUUUUUAUCCUAUGUUAUCAAAUUUAGUUUGAUUUAUUUUCAACAAUAUAUAUUUGGUAUAAUAAUGUAACAUGCUAGGUCUGUUUUCCAUAUCUUUCUAUGUGAAAAAUUGUGCACACAACAAGUAAACCAUUUAAAACAUUUUUGGGGAGAAAGAACAAAAGCUUAACACUGCCAAGAGAUCAUUUUUUUCACAAUCAAAGAAAGAAAAUGUGUUGAAAGGAACAUUUUUUUUUUCAUUUACAUGUAUAUGUCUCUAUAAUGAAAAAGGUUACCAUAAUAGUAAUGGUUUUAAACUGCUGCAAAAUAUAAUUUAAUACUUUUCUCUGUAUUUGAUAAACCAAAUGAUAGUGUAAUAGUAUAAUAAAAUAUGUAGUCCGAGUUAUAAUAUAUUAUUUUAUAAGUGUACAUGAAAUUAAGACGUGUGACUUCAUGUUUUUAAAUUUUAUGUAGACAUGUUUUAGUUUAGUAUUAAUAAUCCUUGUAGAAUUGGUGUCAAAUCAGAUAUUUUAUUUUGUUGUGUUUUAAAAGCAUUUUUAUAACCUUUGCUUGAGAUUUAAUCCUUUGAACUCAUUCCAUUUUUUGAAUUUCAAAAUUUCUUUGCUAUACAUUUAUCAUGCAAAUAUAGAUUUGAAAUUAAUAUAUCAAGUAAUAAUUUUCAUUUGUAUUUUCUUUACUCGCAAGGGAUAACUUUUUGAAUUGUUUAUUUAUUAUUCUGGGGAAAAUUUAAGUAUAAAGCAUUAGUAGUAAACAAUAUUAUAAUAAGUAGAAUAAACAGUUUAAUCGUUGAUUAAAUUUAGGAUAGUUUUGACCAGGAGUUAUAAGACUUGUCUAUAAGUUGUUUCCCUUGUGAGCAUUAAAAGCUGGUUCCCAGUAUCAUUCAGUAUUAGCUUCAUUAUCAUUUGUUUCUUGUUCCCAGCACUAGUGUGCCUACACCGGUUGCAAGUGUUUACACUAUAUUGAAAAUAAAUAAUAAUUAAAAAAAAUGUGAAAAUAAAAGUAUUUUUGAAAAGAAAA